GCCCUGCCUACUGUGGGGUGGGGGAGCCGGGUAUGUAUGUGCUUUGCUUGAAUGCAUAUUCGAGGCAGGAACUAUUCACCUGGCGGGACGACGUUACAGUGUUUAUGAUUACGCCAGGACUUGAUGAUUUUUCCCUAGGAGCACACCUCCUUCACUCCUGGUAGUAGCUACAAGAAUAUCAAACAGGACACUGGGAAGGGCAGAGUUUACUUUGUGGUAUUGCAGCAGCCUUUAUGUACGUCUCUGUACCUGUGUACAGUGAAUGGGUUAAGGAGAAAUGCCCGCCUCCUCCUCUAACUUCAGUAACUGCAAAGUUGUAAGGGACGGGGGAGGAGCCGAGAGGAAAGGAGGAAAAGAUAACAGUUCGCUGAUUAAUGAGCGCUGCUUGCCUGCUUGAUGGAAGCUGUUCUGUGUUGCUGCGCUUCUGACUGAAGACUUUGUGACCAAUGAGGAACUGGGAAAGGUGACAGACAUUAGGGGGAAAGUCUACAGUUUGUAAAUACAGACACAGUGGGCAGUGAUUUGGUGGGCACUGGGCCAAUGCACUUUUUAAUAAAGCGGCCUUGAAUACUGCCCGGGAGAGUCAUAAUCUAAGCCCCAGAGCUUUGGUACCUAUGUCUGGCUGUGCAGGUUUAGGUGCAGUCGGAGAAACUUGCGGCGAUACCGGAACUCACAAACGCACUCCCGUCACUUUGCCAUUGGACUUGAGCUAUUCAUUAACUGCUCCCUAGGUGCCGUGUUGUAUACGACCAUGUUGUACCUGUGUCUGGAGGUCGGUGAGGGAAUCGCGGAGGCCUGACAAGCCCUCAGGAUGCGCUGCUGUGGGGAGUAUCAGGUGUCUGAGGUUUCCAGACAAAGACAGUGGAGACCUUUAAUUUAUCGAAAGUGUACAGAUAUCCCAUGGUUGGUUUUAUUUUUUGUUUUCUGGUCUGGUUUGGUGUUCAUAGCAGGAUAUGCCCUGGUAGCUGGAGCUGCAGAGAGACUUGUGUUUGGCUAUGAUAGUUAUGGAAACGUCUGUGGGAGAAGAAACUCUCCCAUUCCAAAUGCACCUUUUUCAGGACAAGACAUGACAUACCGGAAACAUGUUUUCUUUUUGGAUUCUUGCAAUUUGGAGAUCAGAAACUUAAAAAUCAAUUCAGUUGCUCUGUGCGUGUCAGAUUGUCCUCAGGAACAGCUAAAUACUUUACAUGAAGUGCAAUUCUUUGCUAAAAACAAUGGUUCUUAUCUAUGUGUUUAUAAAUUGAACUACACUGAAUAUACAACACACACAAAGGCUUUGGAGUGGUGUCCUGUACUCCCAGUCCCUUCAAGCAAGUCAUUUCCGCUGUUCAAUCGCUGUGUUCCUCAGAACCCUGAUUGUUACUCCCGUUUUGCAUCUGUUCUUAUAAAUGUUGUCAAUGAGGUUGACUUUUUUCAUCGUAUUCUCAGUGGAAUUAUGGCUGGUAAAGACAAUGUAAUUGGACUGAGCAUUCUUGCAGUAGGUUUGUCGGUAAUAAUGGUCUUAACAUUUCUAUUCAUCAGCACACUUCUGGUUCACAUUUUCCUAACCCUUCUUAUCUUCGGUUUGCUGUUUGUCUCGGGAGUGCUGUGGUGGCUGUAUUACGAUCAUGUUAAUGAUCCAAGUUAUGAAUUGGAAACUGAAAAGGAAAAUGCUAAAUUUUUACUUGGAUUUGCUAUCAUUGCAACAUUAGUGACUAUUGUCCUGUUGACAUUCAUUUUUGUACUGAGGAAAAGUAUCCAGAUGACCAUUCAACUCUUUCUAGUUACCAGCAAGUUUAUCCGAUGUAUGCCUUUGUUGGUUCUGCAACCAGUUUGGACAUUUGUCAUUCUCAUAUUCUACUGGGUGCUUUGGGUUGCUGUGCUCCUUAGUUUAGGCACAUCAGGUAAUGCACAGGUUUCCCCAGAGGGACAAGUAGAAUAUAAACCACUUGCUGGGAUCCGCUACAUGUGGUGGUAUCAUUUAAUUGGAUUUAUUUGGACUAGCGAAUUCUUCCUUGCAUGUCAACAAAUGAUAAUAUCAGGAGCAACAGUUUCUUGGUAUUUACAUCGAGAUAAGAAUAAAAUUCGCCACCCAAUAUUGUCUUCAUUGUCACUUGUUUUUUGGUAUCAUCUUGGAACAGCAAUUAUUGGAUCCUUCCUAAUAACACUAAUGAGAAUCCCAAGAAUGGUUUUAUGCUACACUUUCCAGCUGCUAAGGGACAAGCCAGACAAUGUGUGUUCCAGAUGCACUCUGAAGUGCUGUGCCUGCUCUUCCUUCUGCUUUGAGAAGUUCUUAAAAAGCUUAGAUCAGAAUGCCUAUACAGCGUCAAUAAUAAAUGGAACGCCAUUCUGUACUUCAGCAAAUGACGCCUACGGCAUCCUGGCAAAAAAUCCUCCCCAUGUUUCAUCACUGAACUGCUCCGGUGUUUUCCUGAUCUUGUUAGGCAAGGUAUUUGUUGUUUGCUUUACAGUAUUUGGAGGACUAAUGGCAUUUAAUUAUCAUCGCGAGCUUCAUGUUUGGGCUAUCCCUUUGCUGUUGGUUGCUUUCUUCGCGUAUUUGGUUUCUCAUUGCUUUUUGUCUCUUUUUGAAACUGUUAUACACAGUUUGUUCCUCUGUUAUGCUGUGGACAUUGAGACAAACGAUGGAUCAUUAGAAAAGCCCUAUUUUAUGGAACAGGACCUAAAGGCAUUAAUUCAUCAAACCAACACAGAAGCAGACAAACUAAAGAACAGGCCACACCAAAACGGGGAUGAUGGGAUAGAACUACAGGCGUUAUCAAGAGCAGACUAACUUGCUUUGUUGUUUUACUGAAAACUUGUGAAUAGUUUUAUAUAUAACUCUGCCGUCCUACAAAUGAAGAGGAUUUGCUAAAACGCACUGACAAUAGAAUGAUUAGCAAAAAUCUUCUUCAAAACAAGACAUUUGCAAGGCCACAUGCAGCGCAACUGGGAUAAAUGCAGCUUAAAGCUGCCUCAGACAAACCUGACAUUGCCCAGAUAUUUCUGCAGUGAGGACUAUGGGCUUGUGAUUGAGUAUUGUUACUUCUGUCGAACAUGAACGCUUCAUUGUUUCUGCUCUUACCACUAUGAGUAUAGUAAUGGUAUUAUCAUUCAUAGGGCUUUCACAACAAAAUAAAGUUCUUGAUAAACCCCACAUUUGUGUGACAUACUAUGGCCUCAGGUUUGUACUUCCUGAGGACAUUGUGUGUGACCAAAACAUUGGUUAUUUUGUGUAGAUGUAAGGAAAAAAAAACAAAGACGCGUCUAUGAAGUUGGGCAUUUAGGGCUAAGUGGACACUCGCUAACAGCGAGCUAAUAUUGGUUAGUGCUUUUAUUAGAACAUUUACACGCCAAUUUUGUGUUAUUAAAAAUACAUAUUUUA